GUUCUCCCGGUGGUAGAGAAACACUGCGAGCCUCAGCUAUGCGCGCGCACGGGACUUGUAUAAAAGAAUGUGUUGCGGGUCCGUGCCCUGAUAAGGCUGUGGAACCUGUGUGGAUACGGCUGGUGACGGUCAUGUCUAGCAUCGGACGGAAAACUUGGUGUUUUCUGACUAAUCUUAGCUUUCGAAUUUGACAGCAAAUGUAGCAGUUUCACCAUUAUUCGCAAGGAAUAUUUUAACCUUCAGUUUCAUCUACUUUAAAAUCUUUUGACGACGCACCCUCAUCUGUAAGUUACUGUGUCGACUGUGGAACGCGCGACAGAGUGAGUGAGUCAGAGAGGGUUAGGAGAGUGAGAGAGCUGAGAGAAGAUAAAGAAAACAAAAUAACAGUGAGCAGAACCGAGAGAGGAGGGUGAUUACCCUGGAAACAUUACAGAUGCAGUCCUUCAUGCUGAACGCCAGCCAAGGCUGCCUCCAGACUUCAUCUGCCUGUGAGGAGGAGCAGCCGGAGGGGGUGCUGGCUAACUGCUCCUACGGCUCCUCCAGUCUCUCCCUGCGCUGCUGGUUGCAACUCCUCACCAGGGAGUCUGUCCUGGAGCUGCAGGGAGACACCUCCAGCCUGGCCUCGCGGGUCUCCAUGGCACUGGUCUACAGCAUGGUGUGCGCUCUGGGGCUGGUGGGCAACUCCCUCGCUCUCUACCUGCUCCACUCCCGCCACCGGCAAAAGCAGUCUUCCAUCAAUUGCUUCGUCAUGAGCCUGGCCGUUACCGACCUGCAGUUCACGCUCACGCUCCCAUUCUGGGCAGUGGACACAGCGCUGGAUUUCCGUUGGCCGUUUGGCCGUAUCAUGUGCAAGAUCGUGAGCUCAGUGACCAUGAUGAACAUGUACGCCAGCGUGUUCUUCCUGACUGCCAUGAGCGUGGCGAGGUACUACUCUGUCUCGUCUGCUCUCAAGAUGCGCAGCCGGCGAGCCGCCAACGCCAAGUGGGUGAGCCUGGGCGUGUGGGCGGUGUCUCUACUGGCCACGCUCCCCCACGCUGUCUACUCCACCAGUGUGCAUGUGUCGGACGAGGAGCUGUGUCUGGUCAAGUUCCCCGAGUCGGGCAGCUGGGACCCUCAGCUACUCCUGGGCCUGUACCAGCUGCAGAAGGUGCUGCUGGGCUUUUUCCUUCCACUGGUGGUCAUCACCACCUGCUACCUGCUGCUGCUGCGCUUCGUCCUCAGCCGGAGGAUCGCCGGGGGCACCGGCGGGGUGGACAGUGAGAAGGACCGCCUGAAGCGCCUCUCCAAGGUCACCAAAUCAGUGGCCAUCGUGGUUCUUUCCUUCUUCCUGUGCUGGCUUCCCAACCAGGCCCUCACCCUCUGGGGGGUGCUGAUCAAGUUCGACUUAGUGCCGUUCAGCGUGGCCUUCUACAACGCCCAGGCCUACAUCUUCCCUCUCUCCGUGUGUCUGGCACACACCAACUCCUGCCUCAACCCCGUCCUCUACUGCCUCAUCCGCAGGGAGUUCCGAGCCGGCCUCAAGGAGAUCCUGCUGAAGGCCACGCCCUCCUUCUCCCGACUGACUCACCUGCUGCCUCGCAGGAGCAAGGUGGCCGAGGCCCCGCCCAUUCUCGUCUUGGUCCAGAUGGAUGCGUGAGCGGGGCUCGAUUUAUCUGGCCUGGCAGUGACAGUAUCUGGGCUUGAUUCAUAUUGGCCUGGCAGAGACAGUAUCUGUGCUUGAUUCAUGGGGGUUGAUUGAUCUGGCCUAAUGAAAUGGAAACAGUUGUGCCAAACAGUGCUCCACCCAUGCACCUCACCUGGAGUGCCCCCCCCACCCCCAGGUGAGGUGGAAUAGGGGCCCCAGGGACACAGCCUGCCUGCAGAGCCGACAGGAGCUCAAACGCUACGCUUUUAACAGCAACCUCUGAUUUUUGAUUGAUUCUAGCAAUAGAUUCAUGACAAUUGUCCGUAGGGAUGUGCUCUAGUUUUCCUCUCUCCCUCCCUCCCUCUCUGUCUCUGUCUUAUUCUCUCAGUCUUUCUGUCUGUCUCUCCCCAUCUCAUUCCACCCCCUCCCUUGCUCUUACAAAUUCCCUUUGCAUUCUUCAAAUGAAGCCUUUACUGCAGCAAUUAUGUUUCUGUCUUCUUUUUUUCAAUACAGUAACGUACAUUCUAUAAAGCUACUCUGAGAUGGGUCAUUCAUUUUUUGUUCUGAAUUUCUGCAGCAAAAUAAACAAAAUGCAUGCAUUUACUAAACCCAACAAAACAAAAAUGUAGAGGCUUCAAAAGAAACUGCAUUGCAAAACACAAUCUAUGAUCCAUAUACUGUGAGACCUGACUUUCCGUGGAAGUGGAGAUCAAAAUUUUGGGGCGUGACAAAGGUACAGACCAGAGCCAGAUAGAGUGGAUUUUUUGUAACCGCCCAUUUUACAGCUACAUUUUUGUAUUGUGAGAUUUUUAUAGUAAAGAGGUGUCAAUGGGGCUUGAGGUUCACUGUAU